UCACUGAGUCGCCGCCCCUCCCAGUACCUUUUUUUUUCGAUCCAGAUCGCCAGUCGCACAAAGCAGCAUGGGCAGCAGCAAGGAGUUCGCCCAAGCACGACAUGCACUUAUCGACCCUUUGGUCGAGCCGGAUCCGAGCGAGGAGACGGGCUUGAACAGUCACUUUGGGUCGACGUUUGCUCCCCGCCAGCAUCCUCCUUCUCCACCGGGAUCCGCCGGCCUCAAAAACCACUCAUCCGUCAACAUCCGGCCGCAGCACACCGGUAGCACUGUCGAGACCAACCCAUAUCGGCGUUCGAGAGCGUCUACUGUCACCAAGUCUCCGUCUGCAGCUCCGUCUGCAAUCCGCGACGGGGCGACGCCCCCCCGGAGGAGGUACGACUACCCUUCUCCUCCCAACUCUGCCAGUCCCCGCCGGGAGCACUUCUCCAAUCACCGCGAGGAGGCUUUUGGUUCCAUGAAGGAGGGCCGGCCGCGAAGGUCCAGCCAGCCGAGUUCAAGCUCCCCGUUGAAGAAAGAUGGUGGCCUUACCCGCGGUGGCUCUCUCCGUGAGCGCUACGCAGGCGAUACGUCGCAUAGGCCCCUAGACGUAAUCCGCAAGGAUACCAAAACUGCUCAUCGCGCUCACCAUCUCAGAAAGAAGAACUUCCAGGGCGCCGACAUCAUUGAUCGCCUCGACAAGUCGACCCUCAGCUACCACCAUGAGGGCCCCUACGAUGCUGCCAACAUCGCUCGCAACACCAGCUGGAUGCAUAGCCCGGUAGCUGCGGUCGCGGAUUCGAAUGAGGAAGCUCUAAAGGCUACACCAAGGGAGAACAUCGUUGAUGCUGUGACGAGGCACCGGCCAUUGGAGGGCACAGCUACCUUUCCUCCAGGAGUACCGGACAGUUUUGGCAGGGUCUACGACUAUGAGGAAGGUGCAGACCUGCAGCGGGAGCCCGGCGGCGACUACAGGCGAUGGCCCGGAGUGACUUAUCAUCCAGACGAUAUCAAGGGCAAGGGCGAGCCCUAUUUUACCAUCGAUAAGGCCCUCAAGGAGCACAAAAAGUACGGCGAUUCCGGUACGGAACUGCGCUCCCGUCGCCGCAACGUGAGCUUAGGUACUGCCGAUGUUCCUAACAGCUUCCCCGCGGAGUCUUUUGAAGGAGGAAACGCAGGUGUCGGCAGGAGCAAUACUACCGGCAAAAGUAUGGGUUCCGCGUUGAAGAAGCGGUUUGGCAGUCUGCGCAGGCGCAACGUCGAAGCUUAAGUCUUCACUUCCCUGAAUGAGGCUGUUUCAGAUGCUUCGCACACUAAGACGACGGUCCGAUUUCGUACAAGAUGGGAUGGUAUUAAUAUAGCCACACCAAUGGCUCUCUUCUGUGCAAAUAUACUUAUGGGACCAAUCAUGGAUUUCCUUGGUCAAUGCGUCGGGUGAGUUAUAUACGAUUCAUGACUGUUCAUAGACUGUUGUACACAAGGGCGGCUCCACGAGGUCGUAAUAGUGUAGUACCUACAUAUGAAUGAAUGACUCUAUCAUCA